AUGCUCUUCUGUCGGUGCCCGCUCCGUCUUGCGUAUCGUACGUCCUUGCGAUCAUUCCACCCUCUUAGUCACUCGUCGACCAGAGCGUUUUCGUAUACCUUCUCCCGUCGUUCGUCCGAGAUGAACACCGUGGACACGACCGAGCGCCUGACAAGGCUCAGGCAGCUGAUGCGCGAGCAUCAAGUCGAUGUUUACAUCGUACCCUCGGAAGAUAGUCACCAAUCCGAAUAUAUUGCUCCGUGCGACGCACGUCGAGCCUUCAUCUCUGGCUUCACCGGCUCCGCAGGAACCGCCGUGGUGUCGGCCACCAAGGCCGCCCUCUCGACCGACGGGCGAUAUUUCAACCAGGCCUCCAAGCAGCUCGAUAGCAAUUGGACCCUCUUGAAGCGAGGAUUGGAGAACGUCCCCACCUGGCAAGAAUGGACUGCGGAGCAGGCAGAGGGUGGAAAGGUGGUCGGUGUUGACCCGACUGUCAUCACCGCCGCUAGCGCCAAAAAGCUCUCGGAAACGCUUGCGAAAAGCGGCGCAAAGCUGGUGAGCAUUGAGCAGAACCUCGUCGACCUCGUCUGGGGCCAGGAGCGCCCACCUCGACCCAACGAGAAAGUCACGGUCCAUCCCACCAAGUUUGCUGGCAAAACCUUCCAGGAGAAGAUUUCUGAUCUCCGCAAGGAGCUUCAGGCUAAGAAACGGGCUGGAUUCAUUGUCUCCAUGCUCGACGAGAUUGCAUGGCUCUUCAACCUCAGAGGAAGCGACAUUCCCUACAAUCCAGUGUUCUUUUCAUACGCAGUCAUCACCCCCGACAAGGUGGAUCUCUACAUUGACGAAGACAAGUUAACCCCCGAGGUCAAGGCGCACCUGGGUGAUGAUGUGGUCAUUAAGCCCUAUGAUUCCAUAUUCGCGGAUGCAAAGGCGCUGGGUGAAGCCGCCGCCUCUGGAGAGACGCCCGCAAAGUACCUGAUCUCUAACAAGGCAUCCUGGGCGUUGAGUCUCAGCCUGGGUGGUGAGAACAGGGUAGAAGAAGCGCGGAGCCCUAUCGCAGAUGCGAAGGCCAUCAAAAACGAAGUCGAACUUGAAGGCAUGCGGGCGUGUCAUAUUCGCGAUGGCUCCGCUCUGUCCGAGUACCUUGCAUGGCUGGAGAACGAACUGAUCAACAAGAAAUCGACGCUGGACGAAGUGGACGCGGCCGAGAAGCUCGAGCAGAUCCGCUCCAAGCGCGAGAACUUCGUGGGUCUCUCUUUCGACACCAUCUCCUCGACGGGGCCGAAUGCGGCUGUCAUCCAUUACAAACCGGAGAAGGGCAGCUGCUCGAUCAUCGAUCCCAACGCCAUUUACCUGUGUGACUCGGGCGCACAGUACCUCGACGGUACGACCGACACGACCCGCACAUGGCACUUUGGCCAACCGAGUGAAAUGGAGAAGAAGGCCUUCACCUUGGUCCUCAAGGGAGUCAUCGCUCUGGACACGGCGGUCUUCCCAAAGGGUACGAGCGGCUUCGCCCUUGACGCCUUUGCUCGGCAGUUCUUGUGGCGAAACGGUCUGGAUUAUCUUCACGGCACUGGUCAUGGUGUCGGCUCACACCUGAACGUCCACGAAGGACCCAUUGGGGUGGGCACGCGUGUCCAGUAUUCCGAGGUUCCCCUGGCGGUUGGAAAUGUCAUCUCUGAUGAACCGGGGUACUAUGAGGACGGGAAGUUUGGUAUCCGGAUUGAGAACAUUAUUAUGGUUCGCGAAGUCGAGACACCGCAUAAGUUCGGUGAUAAGGCAUGGCUGGGCUUUGAGCAUGUCACGAUGGUCCCAUUGUGCCGCAAUUUGAUCGAACGGUCGCUUCUGACGGCGGCGGAGAUCGAAUGGGUGAAUAAUUACCACGCAGAGGUGUGGGAGAAGACCCAUGGCUUCUUCGCCAACGACGAAUUGACCCGCAAUUGGCUGAGAAAAGAGACCCAACCGCUUUGA